AUCCAACAAACAAUCCCAUCCUGCCCACUACCACAUCCAAUAAACACCCAGCCCCCACCACCACCUCAAACCCUUAUAAACAAACACCCACAACAGCUCACCAUGGUUUCCCUGGCCUACUUGAUCACUCUUCUUUCGGUCCUUGUCGCAGUCUCUCGGGCAGACGAAGUGACGGGUGCCAAGGGAGCAGAGGUUGAGGCAAAAUGGUACGGGAACUACUACGGUUCGUAUUCGUAUUCGAACAUGAUCUCCUGGAGCGGUUCCUACUUCAACACUUUCAACCUCAACCCAUGGAUAAACACUUGGGGCAACAUGUACGGCCCCUGCUUCGGAGGGGCGGCCUUCCCCUUCGGGUACAGCCGGUUCUUUGCCAAGGCCACCGAGGCCGAGGCUCACAGCGUCAGCCGACGGGCUACCCGUCUCGAUGCCGAACACCUCUUCCGUCGCGAGUCCAACGAACCGGAUAGUGUCAGCUGUCUGAGCGACAAGGGAGAUUCUCAACUCUUUUCCAAGUCCGAAUGUGCCAAAGCUGCAGAAACCUUGCACCGCGAAAAGGCUCACUCGGCUACCAGUGGAAACUGCAGAUUAUCUCUCUUCACUGAGAAGGACAAAGUGUUCGCCAAAGAUCUCCCGGAAAAAACGCUGCAAGAUGCCGUCCAGAGCAUCUUGAAGACCUGCGGCCAGAAGAGCCAGAGCCCAGGCCAAAAGAGCCACAUCGACGACAAGCAGGCGAUCAUGAUCCUUUCCAAGGCUUAACAGUCUUCUCUACUCGCUCUCCGUCACACUAUCCAGUCGUGCUUUAACUGUCCAUCACUCUUCAUACAUUUUUUUUCUUCUUCUUGCUUCUUGUAUCUAAUCGGUGUAUAAACCUUUUUUGUCCCUCUCAAAAUUACUCUUUGGCCCAAUGUAUCAUGUUGUCGACUGUUGCCUCUAAAGCGUGAUGGCUUCUUUCUCUCGGCUUCGUGCCUACCCCAGCCUCUUUGGCUUGCAUCGCCAGAGCUUCCUCCUCAUUAGCA